GAUACGCCGCGGGACGGCCUCGAGCGUACCGUAUGUAACAUAACUCUACAUCUGAUCGUCCAGGCACCUACACACUCUACAGCUAAGCAGUUAUCUCCUCCAUCUACUCUACUGUAGUGACAGCUGUGACUCCUAUCAUCCACUUCUUCACCCGCUCACUCAUACGAACCGGAAAGAAAAGAAAACAACAUGCGCCGCUCGUUGAUCACAACCGCUUCCCGCAGCACACGGUUGUGCAUGCGAAGGGAAUACAGCACAGUCCUCAAUUCGACAAUCGCUGCGAAAGACGCACCGCCGCCGCCGGUAUCGAGCAGCAGCAGCAGCUCGGGCUCGGUGUUGCAGCGUGCGGUAAAUGCCACUGCUCCUAGGACCGACUGGACGAAGGACGAGAUCAAGGAGAUCUACAACACCGGGUUGAUGGAGUUGGCUUUCGCGGCUGCCAGUGUCCACCGCCGCUUCCACGACCCCACCAAGAUCCAGCUCUGCACCCUCCACAACAUCAAGACCGGCGGCUGCAGCGAGGACUGCUCGUACUGCUCCCAGUCGUCGAAACACAAGACCGGGCUCAAGGCUACGCCCAUGGUCUCGGUCGACACGGUCCUUGCCGCCGCACAGAAGGCGCACGACAACGGCAGCACCCGCUUCUGUCUCGGAGCGGCGUGGCGCGACAUGCGCGGCCGCAAGACGAGUCUCAAGAACGUCAAGGAGAUGAUCAAGGGCGUGCGGGGCAUGGGCAUGGAGUGCUGCGUGACCCUGGGCAUGGUCGAUGCCGCCCAGGCCAAGGAGCUGAAGGAUGCGGGUCUCACCGCGUACAACCACAACGUCGACACCUCGCGGGAGUUCUAUCCCACGGUCAUCACUACGAGAUCCUACGAUGAGCGGUUGGCCACUAUCAAUAAUGUCCGCGAGGCGGGAAUUAGUGUCUGCUCCGGCGGUAUCCUGGGCUUGGGCGAGAAGCCCGAGGAUCACAUCGGCCUGCUCUACACACUGUCGACUCUGCCCGAGCACCCCGAGUCCGUGCCGAUCAAUGCGUUGGUCCCGAUCAAAGGCACGCCGUUGGAAGGCAACAACCCGCUGCCGUUCACCGAUAUCCUGCGAACGGUUGCGACGGCGAGAUGCGUGAUGCCCGGUUCCAUCGUCAGGCUGGCGGCCGGCAGGAUCACGAUGAAGGAGGAGGAGCAGGCUCUGUGUUUCAUGGCUGGUGCGAACGCCGUCUUUACGGGAGAGAAGAUGUUGACGACGGAGUGUUCUGGGUGGGACGAUGACCAGGCCAUGCUGAAGAGGUGGGGAAUGUCCCCGAUGAAGAGCUUCUCGAAGAAGCAGGCGGGUGGAUGCGCAGUUUAAGGACUCGGUUGGAGGGGAUAAAAUAAAAGCCGCGUUUUGUUCCAAUGUAUCUUCAAGAAUGACAGCCAGAAAAGUGCAUACUGCAG